GGCCUGGCUGGUCUAGGGUCUGCCUCGAGUCUGCGCCCCCGAGACUUCGACACAAAUGAUUACUAUGUCCUCCACCUCGACUCCGACGUUCAGCCCCAUCAGGUCGCGCUGCGAUUGGGUCUAAACCACGAAGGCGCGCUCGGAGAGCUCGCCUGUCAUCAUAUUUUCUCGGGAGCGAAGACGGACGAUAACAUCGUGCGAAGAGAGUUGCAGGAGCGCAAGCGGAAGAGGUCGCUCGGGGGCUACGACCUUCUAGAUGGGGUCAGGUUCUCCCAGAAACAGGCGCUGCAUGAGCCGAUGCAGAAGAGGGUCAUCCCACCGAGGCCCGCCGGCUUCUAUCCUACGGAGGCCCGUCAGCAGCCCGAUGCCAAGGCCGUGACGAAGCAAAAGGACAUAAUGCAGAUCCUGGGCAUUUCAGAUCCCAUCUUCAACGAACAAUGGCAUCUGUUCAAUACGGUGCAAACCGGCCACGACGUUAACGUUACUGAUGUUUGGCUGUCUGGCAUCACUGGCAAGAACGCCACCGUGGCUAUUGUGGAUGACGGUCUUGACAUGUACAGCAAUGACUUGAAGCCGAAUUACUACGCUCAAGGCAGUUUUGAUUUCAACGACCAUCGCGAAGAGCCGCGCCCGGUCCUUAGCGACGACAAGCACGGUACUCGAUGUGCUGGUGAAGUAUCGGCCGCCAAGAACGAUGUCUGUGGUGUUGGCGUGGCGUACGAUUCCAAGAUCGCCGGCAUUCGAAUCCUUAGCAAGCUGAUUAGCGACGCCGACGAGGCCAUUGCGAUGAACUACGAUUAUGACCACAACCAGAUCUACUCGUGCUCGUGGGGUCCCCCGGAUGACGGCCGAUCCAUGGAUGCGCCAGGCAUCCUCAUUCGACGUGCUAUGCUCAACGGCAUCCAGAAUGGACGAGGUUCCCUUGGCUCCAUUUAUGUCUUUGCUAGUGGCAACGGUGCCGCGAGUGAUGACAACUGUAAUUUCGAUGGGUAUACGAACAGCAUCUACAGUAUCACCGUCGGUGCCGUGGACCGCAAGGGCGGUCACCCAUACUAUUCUGAGAAAUGCUCUGCCCAGCUCGUGGUUACGUACAGCAGUGGGGCUAACGAUGCUAUCCAUACCACUGACGUGGGAGAGAACCAGUGCUACAACGGACACGGUGGCACUUCUGCAGCUGCCCCCCUGGCUGCUGGCAUCUUUGCUCUUGCGCUCGAGGUGCGCCAAGAUCUCAGCUGGCGAGACAUGCAAUACAUCACCUUGGAGAGUGCGGUGCCUAUCAACGAGGACACAGAUGAAUGGCAAACCACCAGUAUAGGCAAGAAGUUCAGCCACACCUUUGGCUACGGCAAGAUUGAUAGCUAUAAGCUUGUUGAGAUCGCCAAAACAUGGAAGAAUGUCAAACCGCAGGCUUGGUACUACUCCCCUUGGAUCCACGUCA